AUGCCGGGAAUCUCUGAUAUACCCGAGUGGAUUGCAUGCCAGAGCACCCUUCUAAGCAUCUGCAGAGUGUCAAAGGCCUUCCACAAGCUCGCGAAACCUUACCUGUAUCGCCAGAUCUUCAUUGUUGCGAACAACUGCAGCGACGCAAAGUUCUUCUCCCUGGUCCGGGCCCUGGUCUCUCAGCCCACCCUCUCUCAGCAGGUCCAAAGCCUACGCACAUCUUAUGCUCAAACAUACUGCUCAGAUAAUAGGAACUGGCGCGACUACAAGCAAUACCGCACGCCUUGCAGCAUUGAAAACUGGGACUUCCUCACCAACGCCGUCAAGGAUCGAUUGCCUUGGUUCACUUUCAUCCCUCGAGAUCCGAUUUGGGAAACCGCCAAGAUAACCGUCAAUGAGAUCGGACUUCGCAACUUUAAAAUCGAAUGCGCGUUGCAAAACCUUCUCUAUGCGCAUUUGCCUAACUUGAGCACAUUGCAUUUCUCUAUCCGGGUUUUAGAAGGUCGCCCCUUGUCCGGAUGGAGGGCUGAUAUCUCUCAGACGAAGGGCUGCAACGACUUCGUUUUGUGCGUUCGAGAGCAUUUACAGCAAGUGAAGAAACUUUUUAUCUACGGAGAAGACGCCCAGACACCUUUACGGCUCUCUGGCAUGCUACUUUACAAUCUGUCCAUGCCCUCGACAGUCACGGAUCUUUGCCUCAGGAACUGCGAACUAAUACUGGCUGAUGCUGGCGGCUCUUUCUUCCCAAAGACCUGGAGCACCAAGAAGGUGUCCUUGAUCGACUGCACGAUGACACCAGACGUCUUGUCUGAAUUGACAAACAACGUCUUUCCACUGGAAGAGUUUGAGUACGUCGUGAACUCCAAGUUCGAGGACAAGAUCACCCUCGUCACUGCUGCUGAGACAAUCGACCGCCUGAAGUCGUAUUCCGCAUCUCUCGUCGACCUUCGACUUCGGUUCCGACUCUCUGACGGAAGGCCGAUUUGCAAGGACGAAGAGCCCUACAAGCCCUCGGACUUCUGCGACUUCAAGAAGCUCAAGACCCUCAUUGUUCACCUUGCGGACUUUGGAUUCCACGACAAUCCCAAUUCGGCUGUUCCGGCUGUCAGCACUCUGGGAUUCCCCAAGAGCAUUCAGGAUCUCAGAGUCAACGAGGUUCUUUGA